AUGUAAAAAUUAUUUGGUUCUACGUAUGAUUAUCUAACAAUAAGUUUAAAUUAAGCAAGUACAAUUAGUCAUCCUGGUAUUUGUAAAAUUUAAAUUAUAGCUUCUUAUGUAAAAGAAGGAACAGGGAAAUAAGGGAUUAGAAAGAUAUAUGGAAAUGGAGGUGGUGGAGUACCAUUUGAUUAAUUUGAAUAACAAAUGCUAGCCUAAUUGAAAUAAAAACUAAAUGGAAUGGCUAGGUAUUAGUUUAAUGUGAAAAAAAAAUAGUCAUUAUCCUGAUAUAUUAUUAUAUCGUUUCUUGUAUUCAUUUCGUUUUAGUUUAGAUGAUACUUAUAAUGGAAUCAAGAAUCAUGAGGAAUGGUUGAAUAAUCCUUCAACAUUCUAAUUGAAUAGUGGAUCCUAGGCGAUAUUGGUAUUGUUAUAAGAUUGAAUUCUAGGACAAAGGAAUUAUUUAUUUGGGUGGAAGGGAUAAAAAAUAUAGACCUUCAGUGAUUUUCUAGGUAGGUUUGAUUGAUUAAAAAAAUAUAAAAGUUGAAGAAUUUUUAGCAGCUUUAAACACCGUUUUUAUGAUAACAUAACAAUAUUGUUUUUAUGAAGGAUAUGUUGAAAAUUGGAUAAUAUUGAUUGAUACAGCUGAAUUAGGUCUAUUAAGUUUACCUGUUGAAAUUUUAAAGAAGAUUAUCUCAACAGCUGCUGCACAUUAUGUUGGAAAUUUAGAAAAAUUAUAUCUCUUAAAUCCAUCAAUGGGUCUUAAUAUGUCAUGGAGUU